AUGGGGAAGGUUGACGUGUUUCUACUGUUUUUGUUUGCGUUGUUUAGAGGCAGUCGUGGUGCCUACACUACACUAAAGGACGUUCAGAAUGUGUUCAGCAACAUCGUGCAGGCCAAAGACCACAGACAUAGGCCAGUGCUGAACCAGAGCAAGCCCUUGAUUGUCCGAAUUAAUCUGGAGCUCGUCUCUUUAGUGGACGUAGACGAAGUUCACCAGACGAUGUCCACCAACGUCCUUCUGACCUUGACCUGGCAGGAUGAGUUUCGAACCUGGAAACCCGUUGACUACGGGGGGCUAACAAGUGUUAGCCCAGACCCCUUGGAUGUGUGGAGGCCAAGGCUGUUCGUCUCCAACACGAUUGCUGAAAGGGAUAUGUUCAAAGACGAUUACGCCCCCUUGACAGUGUUCUUCAAUGGAACUACAGUGUGGCAACCAGGCGGGAUAUUGCACACUUCGUGUCCAAUGAGACUGGCCCGGUACCCGUUUGAUAAACAUAGUUGUAGGUUUGCUUUCACAACAGGGGAAAGCCAGGAAGAAAUACAGUUUAAGACAGAUCAUCAAAAUAUUUCUUUGGAUUUCUAUGAACCAAACGGAGAAUGGGACUUGUCACCUGCAAGCAUUGAUUUGAGUGUAGAGAAGCGGGGCCGGGAAGGUCUACCGAGUUUAUCGUUUAACUUCCAGCUUCAGAGAAAGGUCUCGUAUGCUAUACUCUGUAUUCUAAUGCCAGUGAUUGUGAUCUCAUCCUUACCGGCGUUGGUUUUCGUCACGCCUGUAGAAAGUGGAGAGCGAGUCACCUUCUCAAUCACCGUGUUUUUAUCCCUGACAUUUUCUACGGAGCAGAUGUCUGGGAAUUUCCCCAAGAACUCAGAAAGCCUGCCUUUGCUGGUCAUCUAUCUAGCGUGUCUACUGAUGUACUCCAGCCUCGCCGUCUGCGUCAAUCUCAUCGUCCUGCUCAAACAAAAUAAAAUAGAAGGCGAUGAUAAACCUUCUGUAGACUGCGCUGAGGGAAAUGAUUCAUCUGAGGAUUUCGAUCGCACAAGAACCUUUGUGUCCAUCAGUGAUAAAUAUGAUUUAUUGUUUUCUUCUGCUCAAGAACGGGAGGAAAGACACUGUGAUGCUAGGCCAAAGAUAGGACAAGGGCACCACCCAAAAUUUCGCCCAGCACAAAAAACAUGUAGUAGAUUUGGAACUGCGUUAAAAAAUCAGACAGAGAGAGCUGGAUGCGAUGGUGGCCUUCCGAGCAGCAGUGACUCAAAGCGACCGUCAUACUUCCGCAUGGCUUCAGUCCUCAAGCACAUGAACCAGAAGGAUCUGAUCCUCUUUGUUUUGUUCGCAGGCAUAUGGCUGGUUCUUGCCGUGGUCUUCCUCAUUCUUCAAAUCGGCGAUUAUGCAAAGUAA